UGCGGGGUGGGGGGGGGGGGAGAUCGAGCGAGCGAGCGAGGCUCGAUUGCUCUGGCGGGCGGGGCGCCGUUUGGCCGGAAGGAGCCGAGGCCGCCUCCCCGCCCCCGUCACCCCGCCGCGGGACUCCGCUCGCGCACGCGCAGCUGCCGGACGCCGCUCGCUCGCCCGCGCCGUGGAGGAGGGAGCCGCUGCGCCCCCCCCCCGCCGGGCAGCCCAUGGACAUGGCCGGGGUGCUCGGCGCCCGGGCUCGGCUGGUGACCGCCCUGCCAGGCUUCCAGGCCCUGGCCCGGAGGGUGGGCCUCCCCAGAGCCUUUUCCACCGCAGGGUCCUCGGGCUCCGACGAGCCUCUUGUUGCGGCUGCGCCUGCCUCUCCGGACCUCUGUCCAAGGACGGUUUGGCCCGAUGAAGUGAUGGGGCCUUUUGGAGCCCAGGACCAGAGAUUCCAGCUGCCGGGUAACAUCGGCUUUGACUGCCACCUGAAUGGUACGGCGUCCCAAAAGACAGGAGACGCUCAGAAAAGGUUGCCCGACAUAUUAGUGGAGCCCUUGGCCAGCGAAAGGCAUGAAUUUGUGAUGGCUCAGUAUGUCAGUGAGUUCCAGAGCACUGAUGUUCCUCAUAAGCAAGAAGUUAGUGAUGCCAAAACUUACUUUGACGCUGCCAAGGUGGAAUGUGCAAUACAGCCAUGCCCAGAGCUGUUACGCAAAGAUUUUGAAUCUAUCUUUCCAGAAAUGACUACCAAUAAUCUAACGGUACUAACAGUAACACAGAAAACCAAACAUGAUAUGACUGCAUGGAGUGAAGAGGUAGAAAAUGAGCGAGAGUUUCUGAUUGAAAAUUUCAUCAAUGGUGCAAAGGAAAUUUGCUACGCUUUGGGUGCUGAAGGCUAUUGGGCUGAUUUCAUUGACCCAACGUCAGGAUUGGCAUUUUUUGGCCCCUACACAAACAAUACCCUUUUUGAAACAGACGAACGCUAUCGCCACUUGGGGUUCUCCGUGGAGGACCUUGGCUGCUGUAAAGUCAUCCAUCAUCGUCUCUGGGGAGCACAUGUGGUGGUCGGGAGCAUCUUCACCAAUGCGGAGCCUGACAGCCCCAUCAUGAAGAAACUGUGUGGGAAUUAACCACACCUCCCUUCUCUCUCAAGAGUUGGUCAAUAAACACUUUGGGGACAUAGCCGGUGUUAAAUUACACUAAUUUAUGGAUUGGUUAUUUUUGUCUUUAUGGACUGUGUAAUCUCUACAUGAUUUAGAAUGAUUUAAUCCAGUGUAAAUUAAUUUGCAAAAGAUCUUGUAAAUUGCAGAUAUGGCUGUUUGAUACAGGUUCUAAAUCCA